UAUACUGUGGCCACAAGUGCGUAUAUACGCAUAAUUGCUUGAAGCAGCACCACUGACAGAGCUGAAUAUCUUAGAUACUAUUCUGUAUGACACCAUGUCGGUCGUAAUUCAGAAUCCAGACGUUGGUAAAGAUCGAGACGCAGUCGAUGUUGAAGCCAAUUUCGAAGCACCACAAAUCACUAGGCGAGUCUCAAAAAUACGCCAAGCGUUGGUGGGAAACGCGCAGUUAAUUGCGAUUGUCGUGUCAGUUUUUCUUGGUUUCCUGAUCGGAAUCCUAAUACACGAUGCUGUUCAAGAAUCAACAGAGACUGAAAAAGUCGUUAUGUACAUCAAGUUUCCCGGUGAACUGUUCAUCCGUAUGUUGCGAAUGAUAAUAAUACCCCUCACUGUCUCUAGUAUUGUCGUGGCCUUGGCAGAAAUUGACACUGCUUCGGCGGGAAAGCUGGGCAGGAGAACAUUUCUGUAUUAUCUUACGACAACCGUAGUUGCAACAGUUCUCGGUCUUGUUCUGGUGAAGGCUAUAAAACCUGGCGAAGAUAGUAACUCUGAAACUAACGAAGACAGCGAGCCAAGCCAAAUCACUGCCCUGGAUUCUUUUCUCGACCUUUUAAGAAAUUUGAUUCCACAAAAUUUGGUUGAAGCAGCAUUGAAAUCUACGCAGACAGAUUACGCUAGUAAAUCUAUCAACUUUCUUCGAAAAAACACAAGCAGCCCUUCUUCGGCAAAAGAUGUGGCCAAUCUCCUUAAUGACAACACGGUUGUUCCAUGGGGUUCCAACAAUGGCAAGAAUGUGACGAUCAUCACCAAUGACAAAGAAUACACAUUCUCUGGCACCAUCGAGAAGGAUGGUACAAAUUUUCUAGGCCUGAUAGUUUUCUCCAUUCUGCUUGGUAUGAUUCUCAGAAAACUCGGUGAAGAUGGUCGUGCAUUAUUGGAAUUCGUCAAGUCCUGGCUACAUGUUGUAAUGAUGCUCGUAUCUUGGAUUAUGUGGGUGUCUCCUCUUGGUAUUUUAUCUCUAAUUGCUGGCAGUUUAGCUGAGGUCGAAGACAUCUUAAAGACAUUCAGAGAUGUAGGCUUGUUCGUCGCUGUAAAUUUUGUUGGUUGUUUUAUCCAAGCCUUUAUCGUUUAUCCAUCGUUGUAUUUUUUCAUUGUGAGAAGGAAUCCUUUUGCCUAUUUGUCUGGUAUAGUUCCUGCUAUGAUCACUGCAUUUGGAACAUCGUCAAGUUCAGCUACCCUACCAGUCACUAUCCGUUGUGUCACUGAGAACAACAAGGUCGAUCGAAGGGUGGCGCAGUUUUGUUUACCAAUUGGUGCAACCUGCAAUAUGGAUGGGAGUGCCUUGUACUUCGCUGUUGUCGUUAUAUUUUUGGCAAACCUCGAGAAUAUGUCCCUUACAUUUGGGGAGAUCAUUUUGACAGCAUUGGUCGCAAUAUUUGUAUCAGCUGGUGCUUCAGGAAUUCCAAGUGCGGGAUUAUCCUACACCAUUUUGUGCCUUGAAGCUGUUGGGGUUCCUACGAGAUUCAUUGGCCUCAUCUUUGCUAUUGAUUGGAUUGUCGAUCGAAUACAAACCGUGAAUAAUGUGAUGGGGGACGCCUACGGGGCAGGGAUGAUCAACCACGUAUCCACUGAUCUGCAUCAACUUCUGGACGAUCAUGAAACUGAGAGAGAUAAAAAUGGAACUGCAAACGGAAAUCAUUUCCUAGCCGGAGAGAACAGUAUGACAUGCAGUUCCACACGGUUUUAAGACUAUUUUUACGUCUUUUUCUAUACCAAGCCUUCAUCAUCGUUUGCUAUUUAUGCAUACACCACCAAUGCUUAUUCUAGGUUGUGUGCACUUGUGUCACAGAAUACCUAACAGAAGUAGAACUCUAUACUAUUUUUUUCGUAAGUGUGAUUCGUCAUGAUUCG